AUGUCUAUUGAUGGGCGUUUCUGUGAUCUGGAGAAGGAUGGAGAGGGCUCCGACCUCUCUGAGGAGGACGACAAGAACAAACUGGCCUACUGUGUCACAGACAUCCCACCCUGGUACCUUUGCAUCAUUCUGGGCAUCCAGCAUUGCCUGACAGCGUUUGGAGGGAUCAUCGCCAUCCCUCUGAUCCUGUCUCAGGGUCUGUGUCUGCAGCAUGACAGCUUGACCCAGGGUCACCUUAUCAGCACCAUCUUCUUUGUGUCAGGCGUGUGCACCCUGCUGCAGGUCACCUUUGGAAUCAGACUGCCCAUUCUGCAGGGGGGUACUUUCACCUUGCUGGCUCCCUCUAUGGCCAUGCUGUCGAUGCCAGAGUGGACAUGCCCUGCCUGGACCCAGAACGCUUCCUUGGUCAAUGCCACCUCUCCUGAGUAUGUAGAGGUGUGGCAGAGCCGCAUGCGAGCGUUACAGGGCUCCAUCAUGGUGGGCUCCUUGUUCCAGGUCCUGGUGGGUUUCUCUGGCCUCAUCGGUCUCUUCAUGCGUUUCAUUGGCCCCCUCACCAUCGCACCCACCAUCUCUCUGAUUGGCCUGUCCCUAUACGACUCAGCUGGAAUGAAUGCAGGGAACCACUGGGGCAUCUCAACUAUGACGACUGCUCUGAUCAUCCUGUUCUCCCAGUACCUCCGACACAUCCCUGUACCAUUUCCCACAUACAGCAAGACCAAGAAACUCCACACCACCAAGAUCUACAUCUUCCAGAUUCUACCAGUGCUCCUUGGCAUCACACUGUCAUGGCUGAUCUGCUACAUCUUCACCAUCUCUGACGUCCUGCCCUCACAGCCGGGGCAAUAUGGCUACCUGGCUCGCACAGACCUGAAAGGGGAUGUCAUAGUCCAGGCCCCCUGGUUCAGAUUCCCAUACCCAGGUCAGUGGGGCUUACCAACAGUGAGCCUGGCAGGAGUGGUAGGAAUCUUGGCUGGGGUGAUAUCCUCCAUGAUAGAGUCGGUGGGGGACUACCACGCCUGUGCCAGGCUGUCAGGGGCCCCUCCUCCCCCAAAACAUGCCAUCAACAGGGGCAUUGGCAUCGAGGGGCUUGGCUGUCUGCUGGCUGGGGCCUGGGGCACAGGCAACGGAACCACCUCCUACAGUGAGAAUGUGGGAGCAUUGGGGAUCACCAAGGUGGGCAGCCGAAUGGUGAUCAUUGCUGGUGGCGUCUUGCUGAUCAUCAUGGGACUGUUUGGUAAAAUUGGAGCCAUUUUCACCACCAUCCCCACACCUGUGGUUGGAGGAAUGUUCUUGGUCAUGUUUGGGGUCAUAUCUGCAGCUGGAGUUUCAAAUCUGCAGUAUGCAGACAUGAACUCCUCCCGGAACAUCUUUAUCUUUGGGUUUUCCAUGUUUUCCGGACUGGUCAUUCCAAACUGGAUAUUCAAGAACCCAGAUGCCAUAGCAACAGGUGUGGUCGAGCUGGACCAACUGCUGCAGGUGCUUCUGACAACCAGCAUGUUUGUUGGAGGCUUCUUCGGGUUCUUCCUUGACAACACCAUUCCUGGAACCAAGCGAGAGCGAGGCAUCAUAGCCUGGAACAAGAUCCACCUGGACGACUCCAGCAACACCUUGGAGAGUAGCGAGGUGUAUAACCUUCCAUUUGGAAUCAGCUCUUGCCUCUCCUCCUACACCUGGGUUCGAUAUGUGCCGUUCCUCCCUCUGAAUGCACCCAGCUCACAGGACAAGCCCGGGGUGGACUCUUUGGAGGCCAAGAAGCAACCUGGGAAGCCAGAGCCCUCACAUAUCAUCAGAUCAGUGGCCCUAUGAACACUGAGCAAGCCCAGACUCUGGCUAAAACAACAACAACAAUAAUAAAGGCAGCUCUCGUGACUUGGACCACCUGUCCUGCUCUUAAGACACUGUAAAAGAAUGCUAUCCAUACUUAUUUAGUCAGACAUUUUCUACUCACUUCUUGGCCAGAAUCAGAUUAGCAGUAACCCUCGUUAGCCAACAAACACAUAGCUUUUCAUUGUUUUUGUUUAGGUAGUGUCGGAGGUGUAACUACAUUAGAGCUGUAAUAAUCCACAAGCAGCUCCUGGCAUUACCUAUCGCACACAUUGCCAUUGGAUGCACCCAGUAGAAUUAGUAGAAAUCCCAUGCAGUCAUCCCACUGGAAUGUGGGAUGUAAUGUACAUCUUGAUUACAUUGACAUAAAUCCCUAUUAUGUUGUUUAA